AACGGCCGGCUUACUUACGUUUACCAUUAAAAUAAGAUUUGUGUUUCAUUCUGGAUAUAUGUAUUUGGUAGGAAUUCUUCGACAAACGUGGUAUGACUUGGCGGUUGUCGUUGUGGGUGGGGCUUUGAAUAUUUAUUAUUAUACUGAGUCAAAGAAAUUGGAAAUGGGUACCAUGAAUAAAUCAAAGAUGAUUGGAUAUAUUCUCUUUGAAGAGUUUAUACUUCAUACAGAAGAGAGAAGACAGGAAGCUCAAAACUUGGAAAAGAGUUUAUCGAUCUUCAUGAAAGAUGGGUACUCGAGAAUUAAUCUUGCUGGUCUUAAUCUCUACUCAAACUCUGCUGGUAUCUGUUCAGUCACAAACAAAUAGUUUGGAUUUUACGGCCUUAAAGGCUCUGAAGGAUGCGUGGAAGAACAUACCACCUAGCUGGGUUGGGACAGAUCCAUGUGGAAGUAAAUGGGAUGGAAUUGGCUGCACAAAUUCACGCAUUACUACUAUAACAUUAGCAAGUAUGGGCAUAGGUGGUCAACUUACUGGAGAUAUCGCAUCCAUGGUUGAAUUGCUGACACUAGAUCUUUCGUAUAACCCGGACAUGUCUGGGCCUAUUCCUCCAUUAAUUGGAAGCUUGAAGAAGCUAACAACCUUAAUUCUGCAGGGAUGUAGUUUCUCUGGUCAAAUUCCAGACACCAUAGGAUCAUUGCCGCAGCUCUACACUCUGUCCCUGAAUUCAAACAAACUAACAGGGCAGAUCCCUCCAUCGCUUGGUAGCUUGUCUAAUCUAUAUUGGCUGGAUCUUGCUGAAAAUAGUCUCAGUGGAACUAUUCCCAUCUCUAAUGCAACUUCUCCUGGUCUUGAUCAGUUGUUUAGCACAAAACACUUUCAUUUUGGAAGGAAUCAACUCUCUGGCACAAUCCCACCUCAACUUUUCAAUUCAAACAUGUCGCUGAUACACUUGCUCUUUGAAAACAAUCUAUUGUCAGGCAGCAUCCCUUCGACGAUAGGACUUCUUAGCCACUUGGAAGUGCUUCGCCUCGAUAGGAACGGGUUAAGCGGAAAUGUGCCAUUGAACAUCACCGGUCUCACUGGUGUCCAUGAAUUUUACUUGUCCAACAAUCAACUUACUGGCCCUAUUCCUAAUCUUGGAAGCCUGGUUGGCCUCAAUUACUUGGAUUUGAGUAAUAACUCUUUUGAUGUGUCAACUUUCCCUUCUUGGUAUUCAAGUUUAUCAUCUCUCACGACGUUGACAAUGGAAAACACACAACUCAUAGGCCAAGUUCCUUCUGCAGUUUUCAGCAUUCCUCAGCUACAAUCUGUUGUUUUGAGAAACAACAAACUAAAUGGAACAUUGGAUGUGGGUUCGGGCACCAGCAACCAACUGCAGCUUGUGGAUUUGCAAAACAACAGCAUUGGUGCAUUUACAGAUAGACCUGGGAUAAGAUUUCAGAUAAUACUUUCUGGAAAUCCCAUUUGUGAUGGAGAUGUGAAAACAUACUGCAGCCCUCCACAGUCUGGCCCCCCUUAUUCUUCGCCCACGAAUAAUUGUAUCCCUCCAACCUGUUCUUUGGCUGAUCAAGCUUCAAGUCCCAACUGUCAAUGCUCAUACCCAUACACUGGCAAUAUAAAUCUCAGAGCUCCUUCCUUUGCGGGUAUUGGAAACUCGACUAUAUAUGCAAUACUUCAGAACUCCAUCAUGAGUUCUCUCAACAACUUCGGCCUUCCUGUGGAUUCAGUUUCUCUGAGCAAUCCAACCAGAAAUAUAGAUUACCUAGUUAUUAAACUUGCAGUUUUCCCAUCAGGCUCAGACCGUUUCAAUAGAACAGGAAUUUUAUCAAUAGGGUUUGCUCUGAGUAACCAAACGUAUAAGCCACCUCCCAUUUUUGGACCUUACUUAUUUGGGGCUUCACCUUACAAAUACUUUGAAGUUGCAACUGCAUCGAGCAAGUUGAAUACAGGCAUUAUAAUUGGAGCAGUUGUUGGUGGGUUUGUUCUCGUGGUGUUGGCUAUCCUUGCAGGAGUCUAUGCAUUCCGUCAAAAGAAAAGGGCUGAAAAGGCAGACAAGCAGAACAAUCCUUUCGCUGCCUGGAAUCCCGACAAAAGUAGUGGUAGCAUUCCUCAGCUGAAAGGAACCAAGGCCUUCACAUUUGAACAGAUGAAGAAAUAUUCAAGUAAUUUCUCAGAGGUCAAUGAGAUUGGAACUGGCGGUUAUGGGAAGGUUUAUAGGGGAACUCUUCCAGAUGGGAAAAUGGUUGCAAUUAAAAGAGCAAUGAAAGGAUCCAUGCAAGGAGCAGUUGAGUUCAAAAGUGAGAUUGAGCUUUUAUCAAGAGUCCACCACAAGAAUGUUGUCAGCCUAGUCGGUUUCUGUUUCGAUCAAAGCGAGCAAAUGCUUGUCUACGAGUACAUCGCAAAUGGUCCUCUAAAGGAUAGCCUUACAGGGAAAUCAGGUUUCAAGUUGGAUUGGAUGAGGAGGCUUCGGAUAGCCCUCGGGGCAGCUAGGGGCUUGCAAUAUUUGCAUGAGCUUGCUGAUCCCCCAAUCAUACAUAGGGAUAUCAAGUCCAACAAUAUCUUACUAGACGACCGCUUAAAUGCUAAGGUUGCAGAUUUCGGUCUCUCCAAGGCUGUUGGAGACCCUGAUCAAACACAUAUCAGUACCCAAGUCAAGGGCACUUUGGGAUACAUGGACCCGGAAUAUUACAUGACGAAUCAAUUGACUGAUAAGAGCGAUGUUUAUAGCUUUGGAGUGACUUUGCUGGAACUGAUAACUGCAAAGCAGCCGAUAGAGAAAGGCAAAUACAUAGUAAAAGAAGUGCGGCAAAGAAUGGACAAGACUAAAGCUCUUUACGACAUUCAAGAAGUUAUCGACCCUUUGCUCUUGGGGACAACACUGAAAGGCUUGGAGAGGUUCGUUGAAGUUGCUAUGAGAUGUGUUAUGGAUACAGGAGCCGAGAGGCCAACGAUGGGGCAAAUCGUGAAAGAAAUUGAGAGCAUAAUGCAAUUGGCUGGCAUUAAUCCCGACUAUGAAUCCUCAUCCACGACCACGUCUGCAACCUAUGAAGGGACUAGCCAACCGUUUACCCAUCCUUAUGGUGAUGAAAGCCUAUUUAUGUAUAGUGGGGUUUUCCCACCUUCAAGUUUGGAGCCAAAGUGAAGAAGAAAAUUGUUCAUUUUGAUGUGAAUAAAAAAAUGUUGGAAUCUUUUGAAAACAGGUUGGAUGAUCUUGUUUUUGUUAUGUUUAUGAUUGUUAUACUUCCACGCGAGUUGUUGGUCUCGCAAUUGUUUAUACAAUGAAUUUGGAACAUGUAGAAUGUAUAAUUUAUACAAAGAUUUUAACUAUUUUCAGUUUGU